AUGAACACCCAAGUCUCAACACUCAUCAAUUCACAUUCACAUUGACAUGGCCCUCUCUUCCCUUCGUUUCCCGCUCUCCCCAAACCUCCUGAAAACCCCAACCUUCAGUUUCGCACUUCUCAGAAUCCCAAUAUUACCCCUAACAACACCAUACUGCUCAACCUCAACCUCAACACCAUUGAAAAAAUGGGAACCUUUCCGCAAAAAGAAAGUCGUCCUGCGAAUCGGCUAUGUCGGAACCGAUUACAGAGGUCUACAAAAGCAAAUAGAGGAACACGCAUUAUCCACUAUUGAAAAUGAAUUGGAGACCGCCAUCUUUAAGGCCGGUGGUAUCCGCGAUAGUAAUUUUGGGAAUCUCAACAAAAUUGCUUGGGGCAGAAGUAGCCGUACUGAUAAAGGAGUGCAUUCCUUGGCAACGACGAUAUCAUUAAAAAUGGAAAUCCCUGAUAAUGCAUGGAAAGAUGACCCUCAUGGCCUGGCUCUUGCGAAUCACAUUAACUCUUAUCUUCCUGAAAAUAUUAAAGUCUUUUGCGUUUUACCAUCACAGAGGAGCUUUGAUCCUAGAAGGGAGUGUAAUCUUCGGAAGUAUUCUUAUCUCCUUCCUGCUGAAAUUAUUGGAAUCAAAAGUUACUUUGGCGGAGCUGAAGCUGAUUAUCAUAUAUCGGACUUCAAGGAUAUAUUAAAUUCCUUUGAGGGAGAACAUCCUUUCCACAAUUAUACGAUACGGUCCAAGUACAGGAAGCAGUUUCCUGCAAAACGAUCACUUGGAAAUGGCAGUGUUCCUAGUAGAGCAAAGUCAUCUGGUGAGGCAUCAGCCUCUGAGUUUGAGGAAAGUGAUGGAGAAGAAGAUGUUGUAAUUGAUGGGGCAAUUGCAUUAGAUGUUGAGAAGAUGAGCAAAAAUUCUUCAGAAUCUAGUAUUUCUCAGGAAAAUCUAGCUGACACUUGCGAUAAGAAUAAGAAUGGUCACAAUACCAAUUUAGUUCGUGCUAGGUGGCUCCAUGAACCUGAUGAUAUGGACAGGAUAGGUGCUUCCCACUUCAGAAAGAUCUCUUGCUGUUCUUGUGGAAAGCUGGAGAAAUCACUUGGAUUUGCUUACAUUGAGGUUUCCAUAUGGGGAGAGUCUUUCAUGUUACAUCAAAUCCGCAAAAUGAUUGGCACAGCAGUUGCAGUAAAGCGCAACUUACUCCCCAGAGAUAUUCUAUCAUUGUCACUUACUAAGUUCUCACGUAUUGUUCUACCACUUGCCCCAUCUGAAGUUUUGAUUUUGAGGGGAAACAGUUUCACUCUGAGAAACAAACCGGGGGAUGUGAAGAGGCCUGAAAUGCUAACAAUGGUUGAAUCAGAAGAAAUUUUGAAGGUGGUUGAUGAGUUCUACACAUCUGUAAUGUUGCCUGAAGUUUCAAAGUUCUUGGACCCUACGGGUUCUCCUUGGAAGGAUUGGGUUGAAAAAUUGGAUGAACAUACAAGCAUUCCAGAUGUACAAAUAAAUGACGUCAGGAAAGCUUGGAAAUUAUGGAAGGAAAAGUUUCAGAGUAGUGGCAAUGUUGCAUCAGUGAUAAAUCAAUGAGACAAAGGUAAAUUGCUAAUAAGACUUGAUUGUCAAAUUAGUUUUACUAGAAUUUUGUUACCUGGUUUAUUUAUAAAUGAUUUUGGCUAAAACGUUUUAGCAGUUAGCAUCCUCGUUAUAUAUACAUAUGUACACGUUAUGUCUUGAACGUUGCCACAUCAAUUCUUGAAGACUGUUUCUGUCAUUUGUCAAAACUCAAUGAUCGGCUGAAUGCUGAUGUGCCCUUAAUGUUUGACUAAAUGAGGAAAGUGCCUUCAUAACA